AUGCUUGACGGUGGGUUAGGCAAGUUGCAGAAGAGGAUGAGGGGUCGGUUCGGCGAUAGUUUAAAUCCCGAUGACGCAUUCCUAAGCUACUAUGAUGUCCGAUUGACACGAGAGGAUAUGCAAACCCUCAAGAACGACUGGCUCACAGAUAAUAUCAUUUCAUUCUGGGAGGAAUACCUUGAGCACGAAUAUCUCACCCGAUACAAGUCUUCCAACAUCGUCCUCCUCCGCCCCAGCAUGUCCUUCAUGAUCCUCCAAACACCCGAUCCCCGCACCCUCCGCGAAGCCCUCCCGGACUUCACCAAAGCGACGCACGUUUUCCUCCCAAUAAACGACUGCCGCAAUGUCACGCAGGCGGAAGGUGGCACGCAUUGGUCAUUACUUUUGAUCUCGAUCGUCGACCGCAUCGCAUUCCACUACGACUCACUAUACCAAGGAAACAUCUGGGAAGCGGACACCGUGACUCGCAAAUUUGGAGCCCUCUUGAACAUGCCUAUCCGGUUUAUGCAUUUGAACGACUCGCCCCAGCAAGACGGUGGCAGUGACUGUGGUGUCUUUGUGUGUAUGAACAUGCGCCACUUGCUCCUGAAGCGCCUCCUCAUGGCUAGUGCACAUGAGAAGGUGAGCAUGAGUCUCGGCGGGCGGACGAUCGAUGCGUCGGCCAGUCGCAAGGAGAUGGCCAAGGUUAUUGAAGGAUUCCGGAAGGAAGGCGAGCGGCGACGAUCGGCAAGUCUCAGUCCGAUGGGCAAGGGAAAGUCAAGGAGUCCCCCGCGAAUCGAGUAA